GCACACGAAACGAGUGGGUGUUUUGCGAAUGUCGCUCAGAUCCAGCACCGAUCUACCAUCCCAUCCAGACCUGUUCUCACACAUCAGCGACAUUCACGCCCCAGUCCCUGACCUAUAACCCCACUAGCGAGCAUUCUUUGCGUACUGUGAGAGAUGGACUACGCGUACGAACUUCUUGACCGCGGCUACCUGCCCGACUUCUUGGUGCGCCGAGCCAUCCGGCUGCUCAACGCACAGCGUUUGCGGACCUUGGAGCUGCCCCAGACCGACUAUGCGGCUCAUAUAGCCUCCAAGCUGGAGUACGUUAGGAGUCUCAAGACGAGGGAGAUCGCUGUCAAGACUGAAAAUGCUAAUGAACAGCACUAUGAGGUGGACACUGGAUUCAUGCUCAGCGCUCUCGGAAAGCACGGCAAGUACAGCUGUUGCCUGUACGAGAAGGGCAACGAGACACUAGACGAAGCAGAAGAGGCUAUGAUGAUCUCUUACACCAAGAAGGCGCAUCUGAAAGACGGUCAAAAGGUGCUUGAUUUAGGCUGCGGGUGGGGAUCCCUAAGCCUUUGGUUAGCAGCUCGUUACCCCAAAUCCCAAAUCAGCAGUCUUUCAAACAGCAAGACGCAAAAGGUUUACAUCGACCAAGAGGCUAAGAAGAGGGGCAUCAACAAUCUGACCGUUUUUACUGGCGACGUCAAGACGUAUGAAUUUCAGCCUGAAUCGUUUGACAGAGUGAUCAGCAUUGAGAUGUUCGAACACAUGAAGAAUUACUCUCUGCUCUUGGCCAAAGUCUCCUCAUGGCUCAAAGCUUUUCCGAAGGAUGCGCCGCUGGAGGACAGAUCGCUGCUGUUCAUCCACAUCUUCUGCCACAUCACCACUCCUUAUCACUUUGAGACCGGUGACGGGUGGAUGACAAAGCACUUCUUUGAGGGUGGGACAAUGGCCAGUCAUGAUCUUUUCCUGCACUUCCAGAAUGACGUUGUUCUUGAAGACCUCUGGUGGAUCAAUGGUACUCACUAUGGCAGAACCUCGGAAGACUGGCUCAAGACAUUGGAUCGCAACAACAAGGACAACAAGUCCGUGCAACUGCUUCGCGAAGAUGCCAAGAAGAAGGGCUUGGAUCCUAUCGAGGGCGAAAAAGCUUUCUACAGAUGGAGGACAUUCUACCUCGCCGUGGCCGAGUUUUUUGCGACGGAUAAUGGUCAGGAGUGGGGCGUAGGUCACUAUCUCUUCAGCAAGCGAAAGUCUUGAUGGAAAGGCGACCAACAUCAAAGUCUCCGACCGGAACAGCAUGUGCAUAAUCACAAGAAUACCCUCGCUGUCCACCUGGCUCGAUUUCAAUCUCGAAUACUGUUGUCCACAUUUGUAAUUUCUAACGUCUCUCCGAGUAUGGCAGCAAAAUCUUCGCCAAGAAUAGAGUCGAUUGGAGAGGCAAGAACGAGUG